AAUAACUAGUUAUUUCUUUAAAAAAUCUAUUAAACUAGUUUUAAGCAAAAACAAUAUUUUGUGGAGAUUUUGUCAUAAACCUAUAAGUAUCAAUGACAACUGGUGAAACAGAGACAUCUAGCGGACAGUGGUAGUUACUGCAGCUUAAAUAGAAAGUGAAACCUCUGGCGAAUGUUUGUAGCAACGGCGCACGUGCGGAGAAGAGAAAAAAAAAGCGCGGUUCCUCGGAGUUGAGGCGUUUGACGUGCUCGAGGACCACGGUCAUGGCGGGGGCGCAGCAGUGGUUGGAUGGCCGCCGGACGGUGGUCGUAUCCGGUGUCCCAGCACCGCUACCCCCCAGUAGAAUGGCCGACAAGCUGACUAUCCACUUCCAGAGCCGCCGACGGAGUGCAGGGGGGGACGUGGAGGGGGUGACCUACCCCACCGACAUGGACGGAGUCGCGUUCGUCACUUUUGAUCGAGCUGAAGAUGCAGCAAAGGUGGUGGAAAAGGAACAGCAAGUGAUGGAGGAUGAGGAGUUUCCUGCUGUCUACACCCUCACCGUGUUUCCCUUCAGCACAGACGUGUUUCUGUACGUCAACAGCGCCACGGUGGAUCUCUCCGUUUUUGACGAUCCCGCUUCGUUGAUAGCGCGUCUUAAGUCUACUUACAGAUCGAUACGAUUCCAGCGUUUGCCCCAGCAGAGUAAGGUCAGCAUUGAGGGGCCUUUCUAUGCGGUCAGGGCUCUGAGAGAAGACCUCACCGCGAGGGCCAACAGCCUUAAACCCUUAGCCCAAAGCGCUAGUAUCAACUCAAACGUUAACAUCCCAAACUUUUCCUCAAAGCUACAAGUUCCUGAUGAGACUUUGGGUGCAGUGGGGGAGGUGGUGGAACAGCUGACUGCUCAUAGGAGGCUUGAAAUGUCCACAAACUGUAGAACGGAUGGAUUACCCUCCAGCCGUAGGGAGGUGGUAGGAGCAGAAACUAUGACGAGGACGGCGUCCUUUUUUGCUGAGCAAGAAAUGUCAGUAAAACCAAAGAAACUCACCAAUGCUCCUUCAGCCGGGACCAAAGGACAUUCCAAAGUGCCAAGCAGCCCCGUGCCAUCUGAGAGGGGCCGUUCGCCAAUGAGGGACCCGAAAGGCGCCGGAGGGCGGCGCUCAGAUGACGUAGACGACAUUUGGGUGGAUGAGUACACAUUCAAGUACAUUAAAAACUUCCAUAAAGAGCACUUGGACAGAUGCCUGACGGGUUUGGACGUCUGGGAGGAGCACGUGGAGGGAAACGGCCUGGUGCGGAUACGUCUGAGGGACAAGGAGUCAUCGAGGAAAGACGCCGCCAAGGACCUCCAGACUCUCAUAACGUCUGAGCACGCCAACCUGAGAGUUUAUGAAAUCUCUCUGGACCAAACGCAGCUGCGCUCUAAGAGACAACUGACUAAAUUCUGCGAGGACGCAGCCUUCCUGUACCAAAAUGUUCUUUACCUGCUCGAGGAAUCUUCUAUUAAAGUCAUCGGCCCGGCUUCACCAUCCUUCCUGUUCCGUUUGUUUUUGGAGGACAAAAUACAAAUGACAUUUCUGGAUAUUUAGUUAAUCAGAACCUCUUUAGAACCAGUUCCUGUGGUGGACCAACUCUUCUGAUCACCUCAAGUGAGCAGGGAUUUUUUUUGUUGUUAAAACCUAAUUCUUUGACAGGAAGUACCCAAACUGAACAGCAGGGGGCAGUAAGAGCCUUUCUUCUUAAGGAGCGAGGCGUUGAAGUGAAGCAAUUAUGGAGGAUGGGUUUGGCAAACAGGGUGAGGACUGGAAGACGAGCGAUUGAUGUCCCAUUACAACCCCCAUAUCUCCUCACACUGUGUUAUCAGAUCUGCAGAAGUGAUGUUCGAUACUGCCUGGUUGAGGGAUUUACCUUUCAGAUCAUGUCGUUCAGCAGAUCCACUAAUUGAUUCCGUUUGUUUAAAAAAAACAAAAAAAAAACAAGCUGCGCCACAAUGAACCCACGCCACCUCUCCCGCUCGUUACCAUAGGAACGUAACAGAGGAGGUUGGAGACCUGCAGCGAUGGGCGUUGUUAGGGGAAGCUCUUGAUCACAACAAAAGCAUCCAGAAGGACGGUGGGAUUCUGCAGGAGAGACCCUUCAUCACAGGUCCGCCUCCUCCCUCACAGGCUGUCCCUUUGAUACGUCUUAACCUUCCCCCAUUAUUUGGGUGGAGGGGGGGGCAUAAAAGAGGGUCAACGAGCAGAAAGCAUGAAUAUUUUUUUUCUGUGACAGGCUCUCCAUCACACUCACGUGCACCCAUCAUGAACCAGGCGUAAUUAGCGUUUUGAAUGUGUGGCUUUCAUGAGAGGUCACCUAAAAUGACGAGUCUUUCAGGGAAAAAAAAUGGCCUCCGCGUCACCCGGACACGGAACGCUCCUGAACAUCAAGGGUACUUCCAAUCCAGGGAUCAAAUCUGAGUCUCAGGUGGGGCUGAAACAUACGAGCACUUCAGAAAAAAACAUUCACAGACUAAAUGAGAACAAGGUACUUAAAUUGAACAUGAUUAUGUACCUCAAUAUGCAGAUGAUGGUGUAAUUUAUUGCUUUAAUAUGAGCUAUAGUUUCUGUGGAUCCAACUCUUUUCUGUUGGUUGGACCGCAUUAAAAAAGUAAAUGAUAACAGGAACGUUUUACUUUUAGUAUUGUCUUUACACAGAAGGUUAAAGAAAUCAUUUAAUUAAGCCAUUUAGUUUCUGAUUGUUGGUGUAUUCCAGAUCCUUUGAGUGCAGUCUAGACUGUUCUCCACACAGGUUCAAUUUCCGUACAAAUUGUGGUUAUUUAAAGCUGAGUGACCUGAAGGCAUUAACACAGUAAAGAUGACAUAAAUAAUAUUUUCUGCUCAUGCUACAUCACUUUUUAGUUUGCCAUUACUGAGCCUAGUUUCCUGUUGGGUAUUGUUUUUUACAAAAAUUUCAUUUUUUUUAAACAAAAUGUAUACCUGUCCUGUUGUAAUGUGCCUCUAUGAAGCACAAAGCUUUUCUGUUUGUUUUAUCUCUUGAUUUUUUCCAAAGUUAUUCUGGUAAUUUUUAUAGACUGAGGAAAGUUCUUCCCCCAAUCAAGCUUCCUGUGAGCACCAAAACUCUCACUGUGCCUGACGUUAAAUAAUUUCAGUCAGACAACUCAUGCAGUAGUAAUAAUAUUUAUUUUCACAUCUUUUAGUUUUGCUUUCACAUUCUUUUUUGCUUUCACAUUCUUUGACAUUCCUUUAUGUUAGCAUUCACUUUCCUCUAAGUUAGCAUUCACUUUUCUUUAAGUUAGCAUUCAAAUUCCUUUAAGUUAGCAUUCACAUUCCUCUAAGUUAGCAUUCAUAUUCCUCUAAGUUAGCAUUUUGCAUUCCUCCAAGUUAUUAUUUCGCAUUCCUCCAAGUUAGCAUUUCGCAUUCCUCCAAGUAAGCAUUUCGCAUUCCUCCAAGUAAGCAUUUUGCAUUCCUCCAAGUAAGCAUUUUGCAUUCCUCCAAGUAAACAUUUCCCAUUCCUCCAAGUAAACAUUUCCCAUUCCUGUAAGUUAGCAUUUCACAUUCCUCUAAGUUAGCAUUUCACAUUUCUCUAAGUUAGCAUUUCACAUUUCUCUAAGUUAGCAUUUUGCAUUCCUCCAAGUUAGCAUUUUGCAUUCCUCCAAGUUAGCAUUUCACAUUCCUCCAAGUUAGCAUUUCGCAUUCCUCCAAGUUAGCAUUUCGCAUUCCUCCAAGUUAGCAUUUCGCAUUCCUCCAAGUAAGCAUUUCGCAUUCCUCCAAGUAAACAUUUUCCAUUCCUCCAAGUAAACAUUUCCCAUCCCUGUAAGUUAGCAUUUCACAUUCCUCUAAGUUAGCAUUUCACAUUCCUCUAAGUUGCCAUUUCUCAUUCCUUUUUGAUUGGCAUUACACAUUCUUUUAGUUGGCAUUUCACAUUCCUUUAGUUUGGCAUAAGACUGUGCAAUUCCAUGAGACAAAUUUCCAUAAACUUUUGGGUAAUAACUACCCCUAAUGGAGCUCACAGGUGGAGGCCGGGGAGGAGGGUGGGGCAAAGAACGCAGUGCUGCAGUAAAGAAGGAUGAACAACUUACACACCUGGACUUAAAUAGGAUGCUGCACAGGUGAUUUGAUUAACUGACUCGCCCUAGGGGAGUGGCCUAAGCAAAAGCCUGCCUGAGUUGACUGGCCGAAAUGCUCCCAAGGUCGCUCACUAAAUCAGUUAAGAAAAAUUAAUGGUUUACAUUCUCAGACAUUUUUCCACGUACUGUAUUUCCAACAGGCUUAGAGUGUUUGUCAUUUUAUUUUUGCUCUUUAUCGUGUCUCCAAUGUCUACCAAAUAAUAAACCAUUACCUGUCAGUUUUUGUCGCUGUGCCCCUGAACCUGAAUGUUAAAUAAUGCUUUAGUCACUUUAGGUUUUUUAUUCUAUUUCUGCAGGGUAAAAGUAACAUGAUUCAGGUUGUGCAUCAUAAUUCUGAGCCAGCAACAUGACGAUGUAAUAAAUUAUAAUAGAUUAACUUUCUAUGACUCUGUGGUAGCUUCAGCCAUCCUUUUAUGCAGUAGUCUGCUGGAGCAGCAGAAGCUCGGAGAGAGACAGGAAGAGACUGAACAAGCUGGUCAGACGGGCCGGCUCUGUCCUGGACUGCUCCCUGGACUCCAUGGAGGAGGUGGGUGAGAAGAGGAUGUUAGCCAAGCUGACAUCAAUCAUGGACAACCCCUCUCACCCACUGUAUCAGACUAUUUCAGACCUCAGCAGCUCCUUCAAUGGCAGACUGCUGCACCCAUGAUGCAAAAAGGAACGCUACUGCAGGUCCUUCAUCCCAGCUGCCAUCAGGCUGUUCAACCUCAGCCUAGGCAAAUAAUUUUAGUUUUAGUUUUGUAUUCCACUGUACAAAAAAUGUAAAUAUACAGAUGACUAUAUUCCUGCACAUCUCUUUCCCUGUUUAUUAUUUCAGAAGACUGUUAUUUUUGUAUAUAUUGUUUCAAAAAUGUGUAUUUGUUAAUUACUGUCUGUACAUACUUGUGCCAAACUACAUGCUACUGUGACAAGGAAAUUUCCCAUUCGUGGGAUUAAUAAUCUAAUCUAACAACAACUAGUAAUAUUUAUGACAAUAUAGAAUGGAGGUUACAUGCACAAUACUGUUUACUUAAAAAAAAAACAACAAUAGUGAGUGUCAUGUUCCCAAAACGACAGGAAGUCGUGCGAAACUCUAAUCUGAGAGGAGUAACAUCAACAUCACGUUUGAAUGACAAAAAGUCACAUUUAGCUCACAGACUUCUAAUUAAACUGAUAUUUUUCUGUCAUUUGGUUCAGUUUCUUACUGUGUUUGAUGAAUACAGUAUCACAUCAAAUGAAAAUACUAUUCAAAUAAAACCCUGAUAAGUUACAUUAACACAAAUGUGUCAUUUUAUGAAAAUAAAAAUCCAAAUUUUGUAAC